CCGCUGGGUGUCACCGGUGAUCUCUAUACCGGGGCAGAGGCCUGUGGUGCUGUGCUGUGCUGUGGGAAUCGGGACCAUGGAGAUCGGAACUGAGAUCAGUCGCAAAAUUCGGACGGCCAUCAAAGUGAAGCUGCAGGAGCUUGGCGCGUAUGUAGACGAGGAGCUGCCGGAUUAUAUAAUGGUUAUGGUGGCCAAUAAGAAGAGCCACAAGCAGAUGACCGACGACCUGUCUCUCUUCCUGGGGAACAACACGUCCAGAUUUACCACCUGGCUGCAGGGGGUGCUGGAUAAGCUGCGCUCUGUCACUCCAGAAUCCAACAGCCUGAAAGCAUCUGAGGCAAUUAUCUUCAACAGCGCUAUGCCACCCCUGAAGAGUCUGCCCCGCCAGGAGGAUUCUAGGAGAGAUGCCCAACCACUGCCACAGGAGAGAUUGCACAGCCUGGCACCUAGCAACUUGCAAGCACAGCGCUCUUAUGAUGCCAGGAUGUCCAGUGAAAUGGGCUUCGCUGCCCGUCUGACGUCUGCUGUGAAGCCGCUCCGAGAGCUAUCCCCGUCUGAGGCCGUCAUUGACAUCAAGCUAGACUUGGAUGAUCCCUUCAGUGAUGACCUGAACUGCGGGUCUGAGAAUGUGCUGUACUCCCGGAAGAGGCCCAGCGCGUCCUCCAGUGUCAGGGCCCAGCGACCUGCAGCUCAGUUGUACAGACCCCCCGGAAGCAGCCAUAGCAUUCAGCACGAGAGCAGCGGCUUCCAUAGAUUAUCCCAGACCACUGCCGCUUCAGCCAGGCCAAACAUCUUACAGUCCGGCCGGGUGAUCGGUGUCACCAAACUGUACAAGCUGCAUGACAUGAGCUCUGCCGAGGAGACUUACCGAUCUGCACUGCCGUCCUCUGACCGGCUGUCUCGGGAGGGGGAGAGCUCCCGGAAGAGGAAGAUCCCUGUGGCCAGUUCAGUAGUGAAAGUGAAGAAAAUCGUUGAGGACCAGGAGGAAUUUGAGGAGGAAGAGGAAGAUUAUCUCUCCCGGGCGGCUGGUUUAUCCAGUAGUGUGUCUGUGCCUUCCAGGCCGGAGCGGAGGCCUACCCUGCCUCCCUCCAAGCAAGCCAACAAGAACCUCAUUCUGAAAGCCAUAUCCGAGGCCCAGGAGUCCAUCACCAAAACUACCAGCUACUCUACAGCACCCCCAAAGCAGACUGUGCCGGUCGCCCCGAGAACCCGUCAUCAACAGGAGGAGGAGGAGGAGGAACUGAUCCUGAUGAAGAGCAGAGCAUCAAUGUUCCAUUAUCAGGAGGAGCCCGAAGAACGCCUGGUGCCGGACACCAGGCAAGACACAGAGGAGGUGGCCCCCCUAUCUGCCAGAGCUAGGCUGGGUUAUACAGCUGCCAUCAUAGAGCAGCACAGACUAGAUGUUCUGUCCAGACUACAGUCAGAUCCCAGUGACGCAGCCGAGACCUGGAAACCAGAUGAGGACUCUGAGACUCUGAAACCUGUAGACAGCCGCUCCUUCAUCCUGAAGAGGUCCAAACCCGCCAAGGAUUCCUCACCCCAAACCGUUCCUCCAGCGGCCGACAGCCACCCUCCACCAGGACGACUGAUCCAGCCCAGAGAAAGUGUCAUCUCCGAAAAGCCUGCAAGUCCCAAGUUUAUAGUGACGUUGGAUGGGGUCCCCAGCCCCCCGGGAUACAUCUCUGACCAUGAGCCGGAGGAGGAGCCAUUGCCUUACACAGAGGAAGGAGAGACUUACCCAGAAUCCUCUAAUACUCUGGGCAGAGAGGAGCAGAGCUACCCCAAUCUGCAUGAGGCAAAUGUGAGUGACUCUACUGAUGAGCCUAGAAAAACCAAGGUGUCAGAACGCUGCAAGUACUGGCCAGCGUGUAAGAACGCGGAGCUCUGUGCCUAUCACCACCCCACUACCCCAUGCAAAGCUUUUCCCAAGUGCCGAUUCGCUGAUAAAUGCUUUUUCAUCCACCCCAACUGUAAAUUUGAUGCAAAGUGUACCAAAGCCGACUGCCCGUUCACCCACGCCAGCCGACGCAGCCCAGCGCUGCCGCAGAAGCCAGCACCAGCGGCACAGAAAUAUCCCGUUGCCCAGCACUGCCGUUACUUCCCAGCCUGCAGGAAGACAGACUGCCCCUUCUUUCACCCCAAGCACUGCAGAUUCAACGCCCAGUGCACGCGGCCGGACUGCGAGUUUUAUCACCCAACAGCGGCUGUUCCUCCCCGGCACGCGCUGACGUGGACGCGGUCGCAAGCAAGCGACUGAUGCUACGCUCAGAAUGUCGGACGUUUGGUCUCAGCUGUUUGAGGUUUUAAGCCACCCGGAGGAUCCCACCAGCAGAACAGUGAAGACCGCGUCUUAUUUUUAUUUGAUUGAUUUUCCGUCUUUUGCUUAUUGUGGCUUUCUAUGCUGCAUUAGGCUUUUGUUUUUUAUGUAAAAUUUAUAAAAACAUUUCAUGUAGAUGUUGAACUUUGGAAAUAUUCCUUGGUGUAAGGAAUUCCACCUCCUACUAAAUACAUCUUAUUUUGAAAUCUC